CUGGCAACGACUGAUAGUCUCUGUGGCAACCGGAAUGAUUUAACAAACUGUGAAACCCUUAGACACUUUUAGGGAUGUUUGCCAGGAAACAGUAACGCUCACUGGCCCGGCUGCCACCGAAAAACGUACACAGGAAGUCUGAUAAUACUAAAGAAACUUCUCACAUGUCUGAGUGGAAAAGCAUUUUCGAGAGGAACCGAGUGAUUCCACCUCACAGUCAAACCACCCGACAGGCUCAAGGAUCUUCUCAAGGUCUACGGCUGGUCUUCAAGCAGGUCGAUGGACUUCACAUAAAACAGUCAGAGGAGUCACAUGCACUCAGGUAUCAGCUGCGAGUGACCUUGUUUGACUCCGGUCACCAGCACUUCUUUGGGCGCACAUGGAAGAGUGGAUCACACUCUGUUAGUGGCACACUGGGUCAGACUGGCCGAGUACUCUUCAAUGAGGCAGUGUACUUCCACACUUCUCUGUGUUUGAGCUCUGUGGUGGCACUGGUGGAGUUGGUGUCUCUAUCACCCAGGACAGACGGUUCCCAGAAUGCAGUGGGGUCAGGGUUCGGACUCCUUCAGCUCUUCAUUGGUCACAUAGGAAACAAUAUCUCUCAAGGGGAAGGAAGGUUGAGUCUAUUCAAUGGGACGCCCAGAGCUCUCUUGCACCCAACACUGAAGGACCCUCUGCAAUUGAAUGCUGUGUUAUCUGUGAUGGAGGGCUCUCAGCUACUGUACUCAAUACAGCCACACCCAGCUCUCACUCCCAUCAUGCAUCUGCUCCCACCCAACAUUCUGGUGUCUGGACAUGACAGCAUUCCCGGUGUGGUGCCGCCCACAGAUGGCACAGACGCGCUGCGGAAGCCUCAUCUGUUGAAGAGCUUCUCGUGUGUGUUUGAGGGCAUGCGUGUGGCACUCUUCCCCUCCGUGGAGGUCUUUGAAUCUAACCUGCUCCAGCUGCUUAAUAGAGACUGCCAGAAUACAAACAGAGGUGUGGAGGGUCGCUCAGUCGUGGUGCAGGAGCGCAGGCUGGUGGUUGGGGUCCAUAAUGGCUGGGGUUGGGCAGAGAAGCCUCAUGUGUUGGUGCUGGAGCAUGAGGCUGGGAGGAGUGGAACGGCCAGGGCCCAUGGAGCCAUCACAGGUGGCAGCUUCAAACAUACCUCCACGGACAAACUCAGUGAAGGACUGUCUCUUCGUGGCAGUGUGGAGCUGAAGAUAAUGAGGCAUGCAGCGGUCAGCAUCGUCUUCCAGCUCCAGUAUGUUUUCUCAUGUCCACUAGCUGGAGACGGGCAGAUGACAUCAACGGCUGUGCCCAGAGCAGCAUUUAUGCAGUGUAUACGUUGGUGUGUCUGGAGUCUGUUCUUGGAUCCUGAGGGCCCCUGUGAGAAUGUGUGCCUCAACAUGCAGGGCGGUGCACUUCCCAACCCUUGGGGUGUCAUGGUCUACUCUGCAAACACACAGCAGAUAAAUUUAGGGAAAAGUGCCAUCAAGUUCAAGUUUUCAUCUAGUGUAGAAGGAGCUUCUUCCAGCACAACGUUACAAGUGAACCCCCGGGAAAUGUUGCCAGCUAAGAAGUUUCUUUCCGCAUCCCAAGAUGAGAGCAUCGUGGAGCUGAAGGCUUCAACGCUGCAGUCUACACGUGGCCCAGCGUUGUCUCUCUCUCAGCUGACUGCGACUUCACGCUACCCAACCAUGAGCCACACGGUGGGGUCUCCAUGGCAACAACAGCUCCCCUCUCUGCUCUCUCCCUCCCUGAUGGCAUCGGCCCACCAGCUGUCACAUGUCGAGCGUCCCGGCACUGGUGGCAUAGCACACAUGGAGUUGAGUGUACAGGAGAGAGAUGGAGAGAGAAGUGAGGAAGAAGGUGAGAUGCAGGAGUUGGCGUUCAACCCAGUGCACGCUCCCGUCAUCACCCUUGGAACCCAUGCUGCAAGCUCCUGUAGGUCGACUUCUCGCAGAUCUCUGGCACAGCUCUUCUCCUCUGGUUUCCCUCAGAUUUUGGACCACCAGAACCAGGUGGCUGAGGUUCUUGAUCCUUCAGAGCCUGUGAACUUUGACCCCCAGAGAGAAGAGGCAGAUCCUUUUCAGGCCAACACUCUUAUUCUGCAGUUCCUGGCCUUUACCAGGGUUCCUCAGGCUGGAGUCAAUUCAGACUGGCCGAACUCUGUCCAUUUCACCUUCCAGCUUUACCGCUUCCCUCCUGUCACCACCGAGUGUCUGAAGCUGCUUGACCCGGAGAGGAACAGCAAGAUAAAAUCCAACCCUGAUUACCCAUGUGUCCUCUCGCUUAUCAACAAGGACGGCACACUAAGCUCUGGUUUCCCUGGUCUGCAGCUUCAGUACCGUGUUGACCCUCAAUUCCUGAAGCCAGGUGAGCGGGUGUGGUUCCUGCGAUACCUGGCACUCCACUGCCUGCAAAUUGAUGUCUGGGACAGUGAAUCGUUGAUGCUGAUUGGCUCAGCUGCUGUGGAGCUCAAGCAUAUGUUGCGGCAAGGACGUGCAGCCGUCCAGGUGAGCCAUGAGCUGGAAGUAAUCACCACUGAGUAUCUGCAGGAUGCCAACUUUACCAGCAGGCACAACAGCAAACGUGGGGCCAUUCCAGCCAUCAAUGUCUAUACCACCGUAAAAGGAAUUCUGCAUCUGCGGCUUGGCAAUGUUGGUGGCAGUGUAUCAAGUACCCAGAGUUCCUUGACUCUUCCUGCAGCGCACUCCCAUGUGGUCCAACCCAGUGAUGCCCCUCAGGGUUUUGCAGGAGGAAGCGUCUCUGCUUUUACAGUCCUCAAGCUUAAUGCAAGCAUUGCCAGACGAGCCCAGCGAUUGCCAGAAAUCGACAGCGAGCUGGCCAGACUGCUACAAAGCACCAUGAGGGAAGUUGGCGGAGCCAUACUGCAUAAGCAGGGCGAAACGGACGAAGUGCACCAGAGGAAGAUUGAUAGAAUGGCAGCUGUCCGUCAGCUUGAGGAACGGAAGACCCCGCCUCCUUUUCAGGACAACACAAACAUCACGAGGCAUAAGGCAGAGCGUGUGCAGUAUUCCCGUGACCUGCGAGUGAUUGAGGCCUAUCGUGAGCGCUCUAAAGCACGAGAGAUCACCAACAUGCUCUCUCAGGCCAUUACUACCUCACACACUCUCUACGCCACACUAGGAACUACUGAGUUCUUUGAAUUUGUGCUCAAGAAUCCAUUCAACAUUGCUCAGACAGUCACCAUUGAAUGUGAUAAUUCAGAGCUCAGUGUAAUCGUGAAGACUGAGGAGUGGAGAUAUUUUAAAGAGUUAACAAAGACGCUGACUCCUCUUGAGGAGGAGAUGUUUCAUCUGAAGGAGGGCACGCUGACUCCACAGGUUUACCUGCGUCCGAAAGAAAGCAUCCACAUCCCCUUCAAGUUCCAGACCUUCAUCUGUGGCCACACCCUCCCCCCUCAGGGUACAAAAAGCUUAAAGAUUUCAAGAAGUCCACAGAUGGCUGAGAAACAUUUGUCCAAUACAAUUCAAGCCAAAUCCAUCAAGGUGCAGUUCCGCGGGGAGGACGGAAAGCCUCUGGCGAUCUGCCAGGUGAAUGUUGAACCGAUGCCACAUGUGGUGGACCAGACCUUCCGUUUCUACCAGCCUGAACUCACCUUCCUAAAGAAAGCCAUUCGCCUGCCUUCUGCCUGGGACAGCACAGCAGAUGGUUCCGCCACCCUCCAUGUACGCUGCAGCGACCCUAAUGUCAUCUGCCACACCACCACCUUGCCUCCUGGUGAACCACAGGAUGUUUAUCUAAAAGUACCAGGUCGUCCAAGUCCACAGAUUAGGAAAUUCUUCAUCACCAUUUUCACUGACCCUUGGCUGACCUCCCCUGCACAGAUCUGGCAGGUAUACGUUCAUUACCUGCAAAGGAUGGACCUGAGCUGUGUGUGUGGCACUCUCAGUUGGCAGUCGUUGGUUUUGCACGGCACUCAAGCCAUUCGCAGGGUCAAGUGCUACGCGUCACAUCCCCUGGAGCUUCAGGUGGAUCCAAGUGAGGUUUUUGCUCUGCCUGCUCAGGGAGUGCAGGAUGUCCGUGUGGGCGUGAGGGCUCUGCGCCCUGGAAGCCGCUUCUUUUACCUCAACGUAGUCGAUGUGGACAUACGGCAGCUAGUCGCCUCCUGGCUGCUCUGCAUCACAUGUCGGCAGCCUGUAAUCUCCAAGGCAUUUGAAAUCAAAGUUCCUGUAGAUGGAGGGAGGGGCAGCAACAAGAAAAUCAAUUUCACGAACCCCUACUCAUCCUCUAGAGUAUUCAAACUGCACACAGACCACCCAGAUCUGCUUCAGUUUAAAGAGGAACGAUUUCAGAUUGGGGGAGGGGAAAUCUACACCAUCGGUCUGCGCUUUGCUCCAAGUCAGAACCCCGGCACGGAAGAGAUCCUUGUCUUCAUCAAUGACCACCAGGAUAAAAACGAGGACACUUACUGUGUUAGUGUCCAGUACAGAUAACACACUCACUUAAACUGCACUAUAUUCGCUGCCUAUUUCCAACACAAAUAAACCUUGAACCUGCAUUUCAAAUCAGUUUGGAUUUGGAACUUCAUGGAAAUAUAUAAUUGUUAAAUACAUAAAGUGCUUUAAGAUCCAAAGAGCUUGAGAUGUAACAGAAACACAGACCAAACAUACUCUCUCUCUCUCUCUCUCUCUCUCUCUCUCUCUCUCUCUAUAUAUAUAUAUAUAUAUAUAUAUAUAUAUAUAUAAACACAGACAAUGAGCAACUCCAUCCAAGUCAUUACACCUUUCAAAACACCCAAUCAGACUUCUAACCAAAGCACUCAAAAAGAGAGAGACUCGUCUCUCACAUGUGUUGGAGUAAAGCCAUCCUGCAGUGCUCUAAGCUGAAAUGGAGAAGAGAUUCUCUAUAGAGCUAAUGCCCGUAUCAGCACUCUUGAUGUGUGUGUGUGUGUUUAUCGUAAAGAUGAACCCCCGCUGUGAUGUGUCAUUAGCAGCGGAGAACAGAUGGCCACUUGCCCAGGACUUCAGCUUUAGAUCUUCAAUAAGCAAGAAGCGUGUGUACGCCUGCAUGACCAAUCAGUUUAUUUCAUUUAGUUUAAAGUGCUUAUAGUGUCAUGUUUGCACUCACUGCGAAUAGAGUGAUUUUAGUUGGGGAAAAUAAAUAAAGACCUCCAUUAUGUUCUUUUUACUGAUUUUCUUUCUUUUUCUUUCUUUUACUUGUUUUUUCUUCAUUUUUUUUGUACCAGCAUCAAUAAAAUGCUAUGUUUUUUUUUA